AUGGUUGUCACCCCUCCACGAUUUGCCAACAAGCACGACUUUCGCUCGCUGGGCCUUCAUUUACAACAUCCCAUCUCCCAUGGGUUCUGGCCCCCGAGAAUGACACCGAGUGCUACUUAUGAACCAAUUCCUGUUGCUGUAAACGACUGCCGGCCACAGCUCGACACUACUGAAGAUAAAAACAUACAAGCAAUCUGCGAGCAGCUGGCUGGCAAAGUUGAUAGCUUCCUAGAAAGCGAUGCGCCGACGCCCUUGUUGCGACGGGUACAGACGCAGACGCGCAGCGCACUGGCAGUAAUCGUGAAGGCACUGGAGCGGUACAGCCUCGAAGAAAUUUCCAUCUCCUACAAUGGCGGCAAAGACUGUCUCGUACUGCUCGUCUUAUAUUUGAGUGCCCUCGUGCCAACUGCUGCUCACAUGAAGUCCCGCACCUUGCCGACCGCGCUGCCCUCAGUCUAUGUUAUCGCACCACAUCCCUUUAACGAGGUCGAUGACUUCGUCACAGCCUCAGUCUCCGAAUAUCAUCUUGAUUUGGCUCGCUAUGCCAUGCCCAUGAAAGAUGCUUUUAUUAGAUACCUCGAGGACUACCCAAAGAUUAAGGCCAUUCUCGUCGGCACCCGCCGUACUGAUCCUCAUGGAAAAUCCUUGACUCAUUUCGACGAAACAGAUAGUGGAUGGCCAUCUUUCAUGCGGGUUCAUCCUGUCAUUGACUGGCAGUACGCUGAGAUCUGGGCGGCUCGUUUCCUUCGCCACCUCGAAAUACCCUACUGCCCACUCUAUGACCACGGCUACACCUCAUUGGGAGGGAAAAGUGACACCCGUCAGAACCCCGCUCUUCACCGAAAUGGCCACCAACAGAAUUUCCGGCCAGCAUAUGAAUUACAAGACGAUCACAGUGAGCGGUUGGGUAGGGACGGUUAA